AUGAAUUAUCGAGAGAAACUUGAAGAAUGGUACUCUACCCAACGUCCACCUAUGUUCAAUGGUAAGUUCUAUACCUACUGGAAGAACAGGAUGGAGAUCUUCAUCAAGGUUGAAAAUUAUCAGGUUUGGCGUGUUAUUGAAUCUGGUGAUUUUGAGCUAACCAAAACUAAUGAGAAAACGAGACUUGGAUCCCAUGAACACAAUAGAAUCAUGGGAUGCAAGUCUGCUAAGAAAAUAUGGGAUCUACUUGAAGUUACUCAUGAAGGUACAAACGAGGUAAAGCAUUCUAAAAUUGAUUUGUUGAUGUCUAAAUAUGAAAGAUUUGAAAUGAUACCUAAGAAAACCAUAGAAGAAAUGUUUACUAGAUAUAAUGAUAUAAUCAACGAGUUGGGUUCCUUUGGUAGACACAUUCCUAUUGAUGAACAGGCUAGAAAAGUGUUGAGAAGUCUUCUCCAAGAUGAACACCGGAGAUCUAAGGUGACUGCAUUGCAAGAAACCAAGGACUUCACCAAGUUCAACAUGGAGCAGCUGGCUGAAUCUUUGAUGACGCAUGAACUUCACUUAGGAACUAAUGCUGAAAGUUCCAAAUGCAAAAGCCUGGCUUUGAAGGCACACGAAACUGAUGACUCUGAAGUUGAUGAAGAUGAGAUGGAUGCUGCUAAAAGAAUUGAAGGUCUAGGUUAUAAGAAGAAGUUCCAGAAAGAAAAGAAGUAUGUUGAUCUACCGAGUAGUAUUAUCUGUUAUUUCUGUGGUAAGAUAGGGCAUAAGCAAAAUAAGUGCCCUAAGAAAGAUAAAAGCACUCUUAAAAAUGUGAAUCAUGUUAAACAGUUAUGGGUGAAGAAACCUGACUCUAUAUCUGUUGUUCCAAUGAGAGGGAACAACAUGUGGUACCUCGACAACAGUUGUUCUAAGCAUAUGACUGGAGAUAAAUCAAGAUUUCUCUCACUGAACGCGUAUUAUGGUGGGAUUGUGACUUUUGGUGAUAACAUGAAAGGUAACUCUAUUAGCUUUACUUCUAAUUUGUGUCGAAUCAUCAACAAUGACACUGGGAACAUUAUAUUAGAAGGAACUCCUAAAGGGAACAAUUAUAUAGUGGAUCUGAACGAGGUUCCAAAUAGCAUUUUGACUUAUCUUAGUGUCAUUGAGGAUGAUCCACUAUUAUGGCACAAAAUACUUGGUCAUACAAGUUUUUCAUUACUAUACAAGCUUAGAUAUAAAGAACUUGUGGAAGGUCUUUCAUUCAUCAAGUUCCUAAAAGAUAAAGUGUGUCAUGCAUGUGUGAGAGGAAAACAGACUCGUAUCUCUUUUGAAUCUAAAAAUAUGGUAAGUACCAAAAGACCUUUGGAGCUCAUUCACAUGGAUCUCUGUGGUCUAAUGAGAAUCUAA